UUUCCUCCUGGGGCGUCUGGGAGGGCUCACUGGGGACGAAGAGGGUCCCUCUGCGCCCCUUCUUCCCGGGCGCUGUGAAGGAGACGGGACCUCUGUUGAGCGGGCUGUGGCUUGCCCCAGAUCGGUGCCUGCGUCGGGCCGAGGUGUGGGUUGCGCCGCCCCUGAGCCCGGGCAGUGUUGUUCUCCAUCUCCUGAGGCUUCUUUUGAGCCCCAGAGGCUGGAGCCGUUGUCGGUGUUAACGAGGAGUCCUUGAGAUCUUCCGGUGGCAAUGGAGGCUCCGUAUGAUGGCACUGAAGUAACUGUGGUGAUGGAGGAAAUCGAGGGCACAUACACCUACGCGUCACCUGUGCCACCGAAGAAGAAAAAGAAGCAUAAAAGUGCUGGUGAUCAUGGAGAGAAAGCCAAAAAGCCUAGAUCUGCUUACCUCCUCUACUAUUACGACAUUUAUUUGAAAGUACAGCAAGAGCUUCCUCACCUCCCUCAAUCUGAGAUCAACAAAAAGAUCAGUGAGAGCUGGAGGCUGCUCAGCGUGGCUGAAAAAAGCUAUUACUUGGAGAAAGCCAAGCUAGAGAAAGAAGGCUUGGACCCGAACUCCAAGCUGCCUGCCCGAACUGCAGUGGUUGCAGACAUUCCAGGCUUCCGUAAGAUCCUUCCUCGCUCAGACUACAUCAUUAUCCCCAAAGCCACCCUUCAGGAGGACAGGAGCAGGCAGGCGCUAGAGCUGUGUGUGGCGCAGGGCCGGCCGGCAGCUGAAGGGCGAGCGGUUUCCCCCGCCGGUGCGACCGUGUCCCACGGGGCUGUGCCGAGCGUGGUGGCCGUGGAGCCGGGCCGGGCCGGCGCCUCCGAGCCGCGCCUCACCAUCGAGGGGCUGGUGGAAGAGCCUGCUGCCUUCAGCCAGCCCGACGCUGUGGAGGAGGUGGUUGCCUCGGAGGUUCUGUCUCACUGCACUGGGCCUGUGGUGGAGAAGGCGGCUGGAGAUAUCCUCUUGGAUGAGGCUUCUUUGGAAAUAGAAGGACAACCGUAUCAGGCGGCUCAGGUGGUUAUUGAAGAGACUCUAGUGAGCAGCUCCACAGACGUCUCCAAUGGGAGCAUUGCUGUGGCCCGGCCUCAGGUGUCAGACGGCGUGUCCGUGGUUACUGUGGUGACGGGGAGGGAUAACAAAGAGAGUAGCUCCUCCACACCUGCCACACAGUUUAUUAUGUUACCUUUGCCAGCUCAUUCCGUUGUGGAGAACCCAGCGUCAAUUAAAUUGACAACCACCUAUACCCGCAGGGGACAUGGAAAUUGCACCAAUCCUGGCUGUUCCUUCACUUAUGUCACCAGGCAUAAGCCACCAAAAUGCCCGACAUGUGGGAACUUCCUGGGAGGGAAAUGGAUCCCAAAGGAAAAGCAACCAAAAAGCAAAUCUGAGCCAAAUUCAGGCACCUCUCUUAAAACUCCUGCAGCUAAAAGAGGGCAACAGUCAGCGUUCACAGAACCAGCAACUGUUAGUGAGAGCACCUCCAAGUCUGCCUCGGAAAGCUCAGAAGCUGUCAGCCAGCUGCUGAAGGCUGUGCCUGCUGGAGGGCAAAUGCAGGAGACAGAGUGGGAGGAAGUGAUCAUCUCUGAGGCUCACAUUCUUGCAAACAAUGUGCUUGCUGAAGACAGGAGUGCUGUUGGAGUGGUGUUGGCUCAAGAGAGCCAACGACAAGGAGACUCUUCAGAGCAGGCAGAAAAAGAGAGCGUGGGGCUGGGGAUGCCACCGUCUUCUGAGGUGCCAAGUCCAAAUGCCACUGCAAAGAGGCCAGUGGGAACUGAUGCUCCAGCUCCUACACACAAAGGACAAGAAGUAAAGAGCAAAGCAAGGCCCAAGCCCUCCUUGCUGGCCGCAGCCAGGCCCAUGCGAGCCAUCCUGCCCGCGCCGGCCAGCGUGGGCAGAGCCGCGGGCGCGGAGCAGCCCGGCAGCAGACAGCCAUUCGCCAGCACCGACAAGCCUUCCCCUGUGAGAACAUCAGGCUUGAAGCCCAGUACGCUGAAACAAUUGGGCCAGUCAGUUCUGCAGCCCCCAAGUGCUGAGGAGAGAAAGCUCCACAGUGCUUUGUCCAGCAGGGCAUCUCAGGUUAAAGUGGUGGAGGUCAAACCAGACAUAUUCCCUUCCUACAAGUACAGCUGCACCGUAACUCUGGAUUUGGGAUUGGCAACCUCCCGUGGCAGAGGGAAAUGCAAGAACCCCUCCUGUAGUUACGUGUAUACAAACAGGCACAAGCCACGAAUCUGUCCAAGCUGUGGAUACAAUCUUGCCAAAGACAGAGCUGAGAAAACAGCAAAAUCCCUGGAGGUCAGCCCAGGUCAUUCUGAUGUGCUGAACACCAGUGAGCCCCUAACCCCAUCGCAGAAGGAGAUCCAGCGUCAGUCUACGCUGCAGCUGCUGCGCAAGGUAGUGCAGAUCCCAGAGAACGAAUCAGAGCUGGCCGAGGUCUUCACACUCAUCCACGAACUCAACAGCUCACGGCUCAUCCUGUCCAACGUGAGUGAGGAGACAGUCACCAUAGAGCAGACCUCCUGGUCAAACUACUAUGAGAGUCCAUCUGCGCAGUGCCUCCUCUGUAACAGCCCAUUGUUCAAGGGGGGACAGAAUUCCCUUGCUGGUCCUCAGGAGUGCUGGCUGCUGACAGCUAAUAGAUUACAGUUGGUUACAGCUCAGGUCAAAGUGUGCUUGAACCUGCAGUGUCUGGCCCUCCAUAGCUUCACUGAUAUUUACACAGGACUUUUCAAUGUGGGCAACAAGUUGCUAGUGAGCUUGGAUCUUCUGUUUGCAAUCCGAAACCACAUUAAACUUGGAGAGGAUCCUAGAGUGGCUGUUGGCAAUAUUCUCGACUCUGUUCAGGAGCAAACUGAAAAGAGCCUAAGUCCCGAUGAGCAGGUUCAGCUCCAGGAACUGCUGUGCAACGGCUACUGGGCCUUUGAGUGCCUAACAGUCCGGGAUUACAAUGAUAUGAUCUGUGGAAUCUGUGGCAUAACCCCCAAGGUGGAAAUAGCCCAGAGGAAUGUGGAAAAUGUCCUGGCACUGAAAAAUAUUGAGUUUACCUGGCCAGAAUUCUUGCCAUCAAGUGAAGUGAAUGUAGAAGACUUCUGGUCCACAAUGGAGACAGAGGUGAUCGAGCAGGUGGCUUUUCCUUCUAGCAUCCCCAUCACAAAGUUUGAUGCCUCUAUUGUUGCUCCUUUCUUCCCUCCUCUGAUGAGAGGAGCAAUGGUGAUCAAUACUGAGAAGGACAAGAACCUGGAUGCACAGCCAGUGCCAGGUAAUGGGAGUGCCUUGGUGAGGCUCCUUCAGGAAGAAAUCCUCAGGCUUGACCUGAUAAACUCUUACAGUGAGGAAGAGCUGCAGAGCUUCCUGACACAGUGUGGCAUCCCCUGGGAGGCUUCGGCUACAAAGGACCAGCUCUGCUACUCCCUCCUGGCGCUCUAUGAGUUUGUACAGAAUGGGCCGAGCGUCACACAAACCUCCGCUCAGCACACCGGGGGGAAAAUCUACAAAGUGUGUCCACAUCAGGUUGUGUGUGGCUCAAAGUACAUUGUAAGAGGAGAAAACGCCCGGGACCAUGUGGACUUGUUGGUUUCCUCCCGUCACUGGCCUCCGGUGUACGUUGUUGACACAGCCUGUUCGGUGGCACUGUGUGCAGACGUCUGCUGCCCUGGCCUGACUUCCCAGAUGUGGGGCAAAAACCAGGGCUGCUUUUCUGACCCCAUGGGUCCCCCAACGUACGUGUCAUGCCCUGAGCUGCUAGACCAGCAGUACAGCGUGGACGUGACGGUGGCCGAGCCCUCUGUCCAGCACCCCGUCACCAAGUCGCCCGUGCGCCGCAUCGUCCACGCGGGCUCAGAGCAGGGCGACGCCACGGCCCAGCACCGCUGCCUGUCCCUGUGCCGCGAGCUGCAGCCCUACGCCGCCGUCAUCGCCGCCCUCCGCGACAGCAGGACCAGCACCGUCCGCCAAAGGGCCAUCACCUUUGACAACGCCACCCACUAUUACCUCUACAACCGCCUGAUGGACUUCCUCACCAGCAGGGAGAUUGUCAACCGGCAGAUCCAGGAGGUGGUGCAGAGCUGCCAGCCUGGAGAGGUGGUCAUUCGCGAUGCUCUCUACCGCCUCGGAGUGGCCCAGAUUAAAACAGAGGCAGAGGAGGAUGAAGAGGGGAAGCAGGAGGAAGACAGGGGUUGCUGAGUCACAGCACGGCGUGUUUGUUUCUGUCUCUGGCCGUGCGGAUGGGCGGGCAGGGACAGCUUCUGCAAGCUGCGGGCAGCUGUCUGACUUGAGGGUUUUAUUGUUCACAGGUUGGAGGUGUGAUGCCGGGGGCUUUGACUGCUGUUAAUGACCAAAGAGCUGUGUGCUUCCAGAGUCACGGCUGCUGCUGCCAGCGUGAGUCUCUCGCCCCCUUCGCUGAGGCUGAGCUGCCUCCCGGGGUGUGUGAUGGACCCGCUGGUGAGCGCUGUGAACCGUGGCCCUCCCUGCAGCUGACGAGGGGAGAAGGGAGAGGCUGUGCUGGGAGCAGGGCAGCGUGCGUGGACGAGCGCACAAGUGUUUUAACUCUGAAUCUUGCUUGCUGACUUCUUUGUGCAUAUUGGUGGCAGGGCUGAGGGUGUGUGGCCAGGCAGGAAAGGCAGAUAGCUAAGGUUACUUUCCCCAAAACACUGAAUGGAUUAGUUUCAGACACCGACUCCUGCUUGAAAGUGUUGCAGAGCUCUCAUGCCUUGGCUGCAAGGAGUCUGGAACACGUCGUGUCUGGGGAGCCUCCCUGGAGCCUGCACUCCUGAGGCCAGGGUCGUGGGUGCUUUGGCUGCAGGAAGGUUCUAGAAUUUUUUGUUUGUCCCUUCACAUGAGCACUAGUAAUUUAGAGGCUGAAACACACAGGGAGUGAAGACAGUCACACACAACCACAGAAUCUCAAGGGCUGGAAGGGACCUUGAAAGAUCAUCCAGUCCAAACCCCUGCUAGGGCAGAACCACCUAGAGUAGGUCGUGUGUGUUCGGGUAAGAAUUGACUGGGUGAGCCCCAGGGGAACCAGGCUCCUCAGAGGGCUGUGUGAGUGUGGUGUCAGGUGGUGGCUGUGGGAAGGGGAAGGACACUCCACGUUUCUGUGCUGUCCCCCUGGACACUCUUUUUUUUUUUUUAAUUUAACUUUUUUUUAGCAGUUUUAUUCUAUUUUAAGGCCUUUUUGAUGUCCUGCUCUUAGAACAGAGUCACAAAGCCUGUGGAAUUAAGGAGAAAUGAUGAAUUCAGUGUCACUGGAGCGAGCAGGGUUUGGUGUUCUUCCCUCAGGGGUGGCACUGGGGAACCUGCAUCCACCUGUGUGCUCUCAGCACUGCUGGGUCUCCUGUUGGCCCUGCCUGUGGCCACACAGCACUGCAGGGGUUAGAGGGGUCUGGUGCUGCCUGGUUGCUUUAUCGUCUCCUUGAGGGGAGUGGGACUGGCACCUCUGCCCCAGCAGCACGUUUGAAGGACACUGGGGCUGCAGUGCUGUGUUGUCUGUGGCCAGCUGUGUGCUGGCGAUGAUGGUGAAGGUGGAAGGAUGUUUGCUCUGACCUGCAGAGGAAAGGAGGGGGCUGCUGGACUGUUAAGUUGCCAUCCAGGGAGUUUAUUUUGUCUGAGCAGUGGGGAAGAUUCAGAGGCUUGCAGUGUGGUUGAAAACUCCCUUCUAUGAAGGGGAACCUACUGAGUACCAUACUGUUAAAGUAAAUGGAUUAAGUCUGAGCAAAUGCAGUUAACUUGGCUUGGGAUUUUUCUUUUAAGAACAUUAACUUAUUAUAAGAGACAUUAGUGACUUUUUACAGUCAGUGAUAAAGUUUAAUAAAUUAUCUCCAAUUUUUGGGGUGGAACCAUG